GCGGCGGCGGCGCGGGGCUGCCCGGUGCAGAGCCUGGGCUGCAAGUGCGCGGCGGAGCGGCACAAGGCGAGCGGCCCCCCCGCGCCCCGCCGCCGGGUGCUGUGCAGCGGAGGGGGGCUCCCGGCGCCGCCCGAGCCGCGGCUGCUGCCCGACGGCACCGCCACGCUGCUCUUGAGCAACAACAAGAUCACGGUGCUGGAGAACGGCUCCUUCUUCGGGCUGCGGGCUCUGGAGAAGCUGGACCUCAAGAACAACCUGAUCAGCACGGUGCGGCCUGGUGCCUUCCUCGGCCUCCCCGAGCUCAAGCGCCUGGACCUCUCCAACAACCGCAUCGGCUGCCUGAGCGCCAGCGUCUUCCAGGGGCUCUCCAGCCUCCUCCGGCUCAACAUGUCAGGGAACAUUUUCUCCAGCCUCCCGCCCGGUGUCUUCGACGAGCUCCCCUCGCUGAAAGUCGUGGACUUCGCCACCGAGUACCUGACGUGCGACUGCAACCUGCGCUGGGUGCUGCCCUGGGCCCGCAACCGCUCGGCGCAGAUCUCGGACCGGACGCUGUGCGUCUACCCCCGGCACGUGCACGCGGUCCCGCUGCGCGGCGCGCGCGACAGCCAGCUGCGCUGCGCGGGCGCCCCGGAGCUGCACACCCACCACCUCAUCCCGUCGCUGCGCCAGGUGGUUUUCCAGGGCGACCGGCUGCCCUUCCAGUGCACCGCCACCUACCUGGACAACAGCACCCAGAUCCGCUGGUACCACAACCGGGAGCCGGUGGAGGAGGACGAGCGCACGGGCGUCAUCGUGGAGGAGAGCCUCAUCCACGACUGCACCUUCAUCACCAGCGAGCUCAUCCUCUCCAACAUCCACGUCUCCGCCAACGGCGAGUGGGAGUGCGCCGUCUCCACCUCCCAGGGCAACGUCAGCAAGAAGGUGGAGAUCGUGGUGCUGGAGACCUCCGCGUCCUACUGCCCUGCCGAGAGGGUCACCAACAACCGCGGGGACUUCAGGUGGCCCCGCACCUUGGCGGGCAUCACCGCCUACCAGUCGUGCCUGCAGUACCCCUUCGCCUCGGGGCCGGCGAGCGGGGGCCCAGCGGCGGAGAAGCAGGCGUCCCGGCGCUGCGACCGCGCGGGGCGCUGGGAGGAGGGCGACUACUCCCACUGCCUCUACACCAACGACAUCACCCGCGUGCUCUACACCUUCGUGCUGAUGCCCAUCAACGCCUCCAACGCCCUGACCCUGGCCCACCAGCUGCGCGUCUACACGGCGGAGGCUGCCAACUUCUCGGACAUGGUUGAUGUCCUCUACGUGGCCCAGAUGAUAGAGAAGUUUAUUGGCUAUGUGGACCAGAUCAAGCAGCUCACAGACGUGAUCGUGGAGAUGGCCAGCAACAUCAUGCUGGUGGACGACCACAUCCUGUGGAUGUCGCAGAAGGAGGAGAAGGCGUGCACCAGCAUCGUGCGCUCCCUGGAGAAGAUCGCCGCGCACACGCUCAGCAGCAACUCCCAGCACAUGGCGGUGAACUCACGCAACAUCGCUUUCGAGGCGUACGUGGUGAAGCCCGAGAGCUACGUGGGGCUGAGCUGCGUGGCUUUCCAGCGGCAGGACGGGGGUCCCGCCGGGCGCAGCCCCCCGGCCGAGCGGGUGGCCGAGCCCCAGCCCGACCAGCAGCUGCGGCUGCGCUGCACCACGGGGCGCCCCAACGUCUCCCUGACCAGCUUCCACAUCAAGAACAGCAUCGCCCUGGCCUCCAUCCAGCUGCCGCCCAGCCUCUUCGCCAGCCCCGUCCCGCCGGCCCCGCUGGCCGACUGCAAGCUGCAGCUGCUGGUCUUCCGCAACGGGAAGCUCUUCUGCAGCACCGGCAACUCCUCGCGCCUGGCGGACGACGGCAAGCGCCGCAGCGUGGCCACGCCGGUCAUCUACGCUGGGACGUACGGCUGCGGCGUCGGAAACCUGACGGAGCCGGUGGCCGUGUCGCUGCGGCACCCCGGGGAGGGUGCGGACCCCGUGGCCGCCUACUGGAACUUCGAGGUGCUGGGGGGCAUGGGGGGCUGGAGCGCCGAGGGCUGCCAGCUGGCCGCCCGGGAGCCCAACGUCACCUCCCUGCACUGCCGGCACCUCAGCAACGUGGCCGUGCUCAUGGAGCUGAGCGGUUUCCCCAGCGAGGCGCGAGGCCCCAUGGAGGUGCUGCACCCGGCCAUGUACACCUGCACGGCCGUGCUGCUGCUCUGCCUCUUCACCACCAUCAUCACCUACAUCGUCAACCACGGCACCAUCCACAUCACGCGCAAGUGCUGGCACAUGCUGCUUAACCUCUGCUUCCACAUCGCCAUGACGUCCGCCGUGUUCGCGGGGGGCAUCACCCUCACCGGCUACCUGAUCGUCUGCCAGGCGGUCGGCAUCAUUUUGCACUACUCCUCCCUGUCCACGCUGCUGUGGAUGGCGGUGAAGGCCCGGGUUCUGUACAAGGAGGUGACCUGGAGGGCGCCCCGGCAGCCGGACGGGGACGCGGCGCAGCCGGCCCCUCGGCCCAUGCUACGGUUCUACCUGAUCGCCGGCGGCAUCCCGCUCAUCAUCUGCGGCAUCACGGCAGCCGUCAACAUCCACAACUACCACGACAACAACCCCUACUGCUGGCUGGUGUGGCGGCCCAGCCUGGGCGCUUUCUACGUCCCCGUGGCCUUCAUUCUGCUCGUCACCUGGAUGUAUUUCCUCUGCGCCGGGCUCAACCUCCAGUGCCGGCCUUCCCCCGAGAAAGAAGUCCCCGAGCCGCUGGAGACGCCGCCGAGGCUGGGGGGCGGUGGUGGUGACCUCCUGACGGACUCGGGGUCCAUCUCGGUCACGCUGAACUCGGGGCCCUCCUGCCCCGAGGCGGACGGCGUCUACUCCUUGAAAGUGCAGCUCUGGGCGCUGGUCACCACGCACGCCUUGUACGUCGCCCUGUGGACGUUCGGGGCCGUGGCCGUGUCCCAGCGCUGGUACCUGAACAUCAUCUUCAGCUGCCUCUACGGGGUCACGGCCGUGGCGCUGGGGCUCUUCAUCUUCGUCCACCACUGCGUGCGGCGCCGGGACGUGCUCGGCUCCUGGUUCUCCUGCUGCCCCUCCUACAGGGACGCGCUGCCCAUGCAGGCGUACGUCCACCCCGGCGCGGCGGCCUUGGGCGGCUCGCAGGUCUUCAUCGGGUGCGACCCGGAGGCGGCCCGCUCCGCAGAGUCGUCCUCCUCGCCCAGCAGCGCCGGCUCGGCCGCGGGCCGCUGCAAGCUCACCAACCUGCACGUGGCCCAGAGCCAGGCCGAGGCCCGGCCGGCCUCCUGCGAGGAGCCGGAGCCCGACGGCAAGAGCGCCGGGGCGGGCCGGCACGCCAGCAACCUCCACGGGCGCAGGAACCACAAGGGCAGAACUAAGCAGUACCGGGAAGGCAAGCACCACCGCUUGAAAAUGCUGCGGGGCCCUUCCUUGGAGCAGCCCUCCAGCGAGAGCGGGAGCGUCCACAACAGCCACUCGGAGAGCUACCACAGCAGCAGGAACAGCCCCCUGAACGUCGGCCGCGCGGGGCCGCGGCCCCCGGCCCCCCAGGAAGGGGAGACGGCGCCGAGCCAGUCGGAAGGCAGCGACGGCGGGCGGCGGGCCCCCGACUUCGCCGAGGCGCGGCGGAGGAGCGCCAGCAGGGACAACCUGCGGCAGGCCGGCGCCGUGGAGAAGGAGGCGAAGCGGCGGUCCUACCCGCUCAACGUGGCCAGCCACAACGGCGGCCUCAAGGGCAGCAAGUACGACGUCAACCUCGCCAGCGCCGACAGCGUGGCCGGGAUGAGGACCGGCCUCUGGAAGAGCGAAACCACCGUGUAAGGGAGGGGAAGG